CGAGUCUGUGAGAGUCCAAGUCUGGUGAGAUCAUUCCACAUUAUUUAUCGUAACGUUCACGGCCCCAAAGAUACGCAAUGAAUGGUGACCGCGGAGCAUACCCAGAAGAAGUAGAAAUAGCUCCAGGGAUAUACCUAACCCAAAGGGGUUCGCACCCAAAGCCACCAAACCCAGCAGGUGCACAACAAGAUGCGGGUGGAACAAUCCAAGACAAUGCCGAGUGGCUCCAACAAGAAACAGCCCGCCUACGACGUUCUGUCGAACUAUUACUACGUUCAAAUCAAGAAAUGCGAGAUUCUGACCCGGGGGACCCAGAUUUUGUCCAGGCAAUCGACGAGAACGUUGCAGUGAUUGAACGACAAAUACAAGUUAUCAGAAAAUAUGAAGAGCGUAUAAAACAGUUACUCGGCGAUGCAGCGCCGCCGAAUGGGUCAGCAGGUGGAAGAGGGUGCGACAGAGAACUCGUGGAUGGGACCUGGGUGCAAGUUUCGAAUGAAGUAGAGAGUCCAUCGCAAGACGAAGUGGUUGGAAAUGCAGUUAGGGAAACAGUGGGUUCGAAUCAUGCUGAAAGUACUCGGGAAUCAGGAGGUGGUCAAGGAGGGAUAGUCGAGGAUAACACAGGUGUUUUUCUAUAAGAUGGCGGAAAACUUUUGGAGUCGCAAGGCCCUUUCACCUGUACAUACUUUUAUUUCCAGUAAAUAUGUGGUUGAUACAAAACGUUGAUCGGAAUUGCC